GCAUGGACACGCUCCGCUCCGCUCGUUUAUUGGUUUGCAGUUUUCUUAAUACAGGGAUCGUGUCGCAUCUGGUCAGUCCCCUGAGCUGAAUCUGAGCCUCUGUCUGUAUCUCAGCAUGAACGGACCGGUCUGCAGCCCCCAGAACGGGGAAUGUGAAGUGGAGACCCUGAAGAGGGCGAUGGGUCUCCAGAACGGGCACCCCCUGACUACAAGUCUGGAGGAGCAGGGCGACGGCCAGAGUUUCCUGAAGGAGGCCUUCAACGUGAUCCUGGAGGAGGUUCUGCGCAAAGGGACCAAUGUGCAGGAGAAGGUCUGCGAGUGGCAGGACCCUGCGGAGCUGUCGGCUCUGCUGGACCUGGAGCUGCGGGAGGGGGGGGAGAACCAGCAGCAGCUGCUAAAGCGCGUCCAAGACGUGGCCAGAUACAGCGUCAAGACCUGUCACCCGUACUUCUUCAACCAGCUGUUUUCAGGCACGGACUACCACUCGCUGGCCGGACGCUUCCUCACAGAGUCCCUCAACACCAGCCAGUACACCUACGAGGUAGCCCCCGUCUUCGUGCUCAUGGAGAAUGAGGUCCUGUCCAAGCUGCGCCACAUGGUGGGCUGGCCGGACGGUGACGGCAUCUUCUGCCCCGGCGGCUCCAUGUCCAACAUGUACGCCAUGAAUGUGGCGCGGUACCGGGCGUUCCCGCAGGUCAAGGUGCAGGGCAUGUGGGCCUUGCCACGCCUGGCCAUCUUCACGUCGCAGGAGAGCCACUAUUCUGUGUGCAAAGCGGCCUCCUUCCAAGGAAUUGGCCUGGAGAACAUCUUCACUGUGAAGGUGGAUGAACGGGGCUGCAUGAUACCAGAAGACCUAGAAGACAAAAUUGAACUUGCUAGAUCUCAGGGCUCAGUGCCCCUACUGGUCAGUGCCACCUCAGGAACCACCAUACAGGGAGCCUUUGACCCACUGGACCGCAUUGCUGACAUCUGCGCCAGGAAUAGUCUGUGGCUGCAUGUCGAUGCUGCCUGGGGGGGCAGUGUGCUGUUCUCCAGCACCCACAAACACCUGCUGAAAGGCAUCGAGAGGGCAGAUUCGGUGGCCUGGAACCCCCACAAGAUGCUGAUGGCAGGACUGCAGUGCUCUGUGUUCCUCAUGAAGGACACCACGGACCUCCUGAAGCGCUGCCACUGCGCCAACGCCACCUACCUGUUCCAGCAAGACAAGUUCUACGACGUCAGCCUGGACACUGGGGACAAAUCCAUCCAGUGUGGGCGCAAGGUGGACUGCUUGAAGCUGUGGCUGAUGUGGAAGGCGGUGGGCAGCCGGGGGCUGGGCCAGCGGGUGGACAAGGCCUUCGAGAACACCAGGUACCUCGUGGGGAAGAUGAAGACAAGGGAGGGCUUCCAGCUGGUUAAUGAGCCGCAGUUUGUGAACGUCUGCUUCUGGUUCAUCCCCCCCAGCCUGAGGGGCAGCGAAGGCACCGAAGGAUUCCAAGAAAAGCUGUCCAAGGUGGCACCAAUCAUAAAGGAGCGAAUGGUGCGCAAAGGCUGCAUGAUGGUGGGCUACCAGCCACAGAAGGGAAGAGUCAACUUCUUCCGGAUGGUGAUCAUCUCCCCUCAGAUCACCCGGAAGGACCUGGACUUUUUCCUGGACGAGAUUGAGAGGCUAGGGAACGAUCUUUGACUUCACCCCGUAGUCAGCACGCAGUACUCUCAUUCUCAGUAGAUGCCUGAUUUCCUGUUCCUCACUGUUCCCAUUUAGUUCUUUAAUAGGUCAGUCUUAUUAGGAAAAAAAAUUCACAUUAAUUAAUGGAAGCAUAGCAAAGGUCGCACAGUAGAACUUUGUGCAUCCCGUCCAUUUCAGUCUUUUCCGCAUUCGUUAAAGGUCACAGCAGCACAUUUUAAUCAGUCCGAUUCUCUCUAGCGUCUCCCUCUCAUAAACAUAAUCACAUAAGGACUAAACUUUUGUAGGAUUUUUUUAAUUAUGUUUUGGGAACACAUUUACGUACCAGAAGAAGUGUCCUUAAGGUUUUAAUUGUGUUGAAUUCACAGUUCAUGACUUUUGCACUCAUGUGUCCUAAACUGUGACUGGUUACAUUAAUGAUAACUUUCUGGAGUGACCUUAUUCAGGUUAAUUGAAAUUGUAAAAAAAAAAAUGUCAUGGAACUGUUAUUUUUCGCCAUUUUGCUGUGGUAACCGCAUUGUUACUGAAGUGCAUUUAAAUAACCAAACAAUACAAGGUUUUCGGAUUCUAUUCAGACAUAUGGUGCAGGUAUUCUUUAAUAAAUGUUGUUUUACUUGCCAA